UGUGCGUGUCUCUGUGUGUACAGUAUAUCUGCGUGUGUGCCGAGCUUGAACAGUUAACAGGACUUGCCCCAACAGUCUUUUAAAGGCUAUACGGGGAUAUUUGUCCCCAUAAAGCCUGUGUCCUUGUUCUAUAUGUGCAUCUAUGUAUGCCUAAGCAUACGAGUAUAUACAAUAUAUGCGAGUCUAUGUAUGCAUGUCUGCAUCUCUGCUCCUAAGCAUAGGCAUGCAAGUACAGCUUACACGGUGUGUCUAUGUAUGAACACCAACGCAAGCAUACACGAUGCGCGUCUAUAUACGAAUGUUCCUAUGUUUGUACAUGUGUGUCUUAUGUAUGGAAAUGUAUCUGCGUUUGUAUAUGUUGAUGCAUGUGUCUUAGUGUCUAUGUUUUGUAUAUGUAUGUCUAUGUAUACGUGCCUAUGUAUUGUAUAUGUAUGUCUACGUAUGUCUAUGUAUACGUGCCUAUGUAUUGUAUAUGUAUGUCUAUGUAUGUCUAUGUACGUGUGUCUAUGUGUGAGUUGUGUGUGUGAGCACAGGCCGGGCCGAAGUGGGAGUAUGCCGAGCCCCUUUAAAGGGCGGGUUCCCACGCCCCCGCCCCCCCGCUAAGGGCUCGCGACCAUUUGACGCCGAUGAUGAAACAGAAGGGGAUCAGGAAAGUCAGGCUUGCUCGUGGUAUCGCUAGGCCUCGAAUGCGUUCACGUUUAAAACAGCCACAGUCGACGAGUCCGCUGCUGUCAGCGUGAAUGCGAUGAGAUCACUGUGAGGGGACGGGCGGCGUCGAUCAAUAUUUCGACACGAAGGCAUCUAAAAGGGUUUUAGCCGUGCCCUCCCUGCCCAGGCGUGCUCCCGUCGCGGAGUUGGCGGUCAGCGUCUUCCCGCGCACGGCAGCGCCGCCGCGCUCACGGGGUGGCCAUGGGUGACUUGCUGGUCCUUCUGUGCGGAACCACGGAAGAGGAUCGCUUUCCUCUCUGGAUGAACGGAUCCGUUGGCCACUGUUUGAAUCAAGUGGCUUUGAACGUGCCCUCGCAUGCUCUCCUGGCCAUGAGCUCGGCAUUCUUUAUGGGAAAAUACAGACACGAUAGUCACAUGCCCGUAUCGUACGGCUGGGUGCUGAGAAUCCUCACGUCGGCUUUGGUGGUGGCACUAUUUUUCUGCGACCUCGUGUCGCUUUCCUUUGACUUUGAUGUCAAAACGCGACACCUGGACAUCAUGGCUUCAUGCGUCGCAGCGUUCGCUUGGCUGUUCCACUCCCUGGCACUGUCCUCCGUUGCUCAAUCUGAGCUGUCCUUUUCCCGGGGACCGCCGCUGAUCAUCGUUGUCUGGCUCGCAACAAUUCCCUCCGCAGUCAUAAACGGAGUGGCUUUCUUCACGAGGCCCGAGUUCUGCGUUCUCGGGGCUGCAGCUUGUGUGCACAAAGUGGUAAUGUGUGGCGUUCCAGUGCUCAUGGCGGUCUAUUUACUCUCACUGAUUCCAUCAAAUCGUCUUGUGGCCGUUCAUGAGGUGGAAUCCAUUAAUGAUGCAGGUGAAAGGACCGCGCUCUUAGGCAGUCGGAAAAGAAAAACUGAACAACUUUUUCCUGAUGCUCGUCACCGACAGGCGGUGACUGAAGAUAGUAGUAGCUUCAUUUCAAAACUUUUGUACAUUUGGUUAAACCCAGUAAUGAAGCAAGGUUACAAUGGAGAAUUGAAUAGCCCUGAUGAUAUCCUUGAGUUGCCUGAAAACAUGAAGGUAUCAUUUGUGUCUCAAGCGUUUAAAGACGUUUUGUAUGCAGACAGUAACCAAACAAGGGAUUGCAUUCCUGAGGAUGUCAGCCAGAGUAGCCCAACUGGGAAGAGAUUGUGCAUCAGCAAAGACGCGCCAUUACUUGCUAGCCAGCCGAGACGCACUCUCUUUUGGUCCCUCUACAAGGUUUACGGCGUUCGCUAUUUAUCGAUUGGUCUUCUCUACUUGAUUGCCAUUGUGCUCGGUCUGUUGGGCCCUGUCAUUCUGCAAUAUUUGCUCUCCUUCAUGGAGAACAGACAGGAGCCUGCCUCUCACGGCUACUACUACAUUGCCGGCCUCUUUGGGACCACAUUUUUUGGGGCUUUUUUCAACAAUCAGUUCUCCUACCGGAUCAACAAGAUUGCCUUGUGCGUACGCGCAGCCCUGGUCACGACGGUUUAUCGGAAAUCAUUGCGGGUCGGCGCGUCCUCCCUGUCCGAGUUCAGCACGGGAGAGAUAGUGAACUACAUGAGCACCGACACAGACCGCAUCGUCAACUUCUGCCCAAGCUUCCACUCGUUCUGGAGCCUGCCUCUGCAGGUGGCCGUCUCUCUCCUGCUGCUCUACCAGCAGGUCGGCGUCGCCUUCCUGGCCGGCAUCGCCGUCGCCAUCUUGCUCGUCCCGCUGAACAAACUGAUCGCGAAUAAGAUCGGAGGAUUUAGCCAAGCGAUGAUGCACCACAAAGAUGGAAGAGUCAAGCUCAUGACCGAGAUUCUCUUCGGCAUCCGUGCAAUCAAGCUGCACUGCUGGGAGGAGAGCUUCUCGCGCAAAGUGAAUGGGUUUCGCUCGGAUGAGUUGAAGGGCCUCUUGGGCAUGAAGUACCUGGACGCGCUGUGCGUGUACCUGUGGGCGGUGACGCCGGUGCUCAUCUCCAUCCUCACGUUCGUGACGUACGUCAGCCUUGGCAAUGCCCUCACCGCAACGAAGGUUUUCACAGCUGUGGCUUUGAUCAACAUGCUGAUUACGCCUCUCAAUGCCUUUCCGUGGGUGCUAAACGGACUCAUUGAAGCACGGAUUUCUUUAAGGAGACUUGAAACAUUUUUGUCCUUACCAGAGUUCAAUGCUGAAACAUAUUACUGCAAUAGCAAGCCAUUUUACGAGGGAGCGCAGAGCGGCGAAUGGGAGGUGGCGCUGUGCCGAGCAACGCUGUCGUGGGCCUCGCUGCUGUGCCCACCGCAGCAGCGCGGCUCCCCGGACCCUGCCGCGGAGGGCUUCUCCCUCAAACGUGUGGAGUUCGGAGUUAAGGAGGGACAGCUGGUCGGCGUAGUUGGAAAAGUUGGAAGCGGGAAGAGCUCCCUACUUGCGGCCAUAACCGGUGACCUCUUCAGGUGUAGUGGAGGGGUCCUUGUGAAGCGACUGGAGGAAGGUUUCGGAUUGUUCACCCAAGAGACGUGGAUCCAGCAUGGGACUGUGCGAGACAACAUCCUCUUUGGCAGUCGCUACGAUGAAGACAAAUACCUCUCCAUCAUUCGCGCCUGCGCGCUGUCGGAAGACCUCAAGGCGUUGGCGAACGGGGACCGGACAGAGGUCGGGGAGAAUGGGGUGACUCUCAGCGGAGGCCAGAAAGCCAGGAUUGCGCUUGCACGGGUGGCCUACAGCGACAAACCCGUUUGUUUGCUGGACGAUCCUUUAGCAGCCGUGGAUUGUGAUGUUGCUGCUCACCUGUUCAGCAAAUGCAUCAAUGGGAUUCUGCAGAAGAGGACCAGGAUCCUGUGCACUCAUCGCACCCAGUAUUUGGCCGCAGCCGACCUCGUCAUCCUGCUCGACAAUGGCAUCGUCAUCAAAGCGGGGCCGCCCCACGCGGUGCUUCCGGCCGGUAACGCGCUUCCUGAUUGGCCCUUGGCCGUUGAGGCUGAGCCACACUCAGAUGGAGGAGGAGGUGGAGGAGAUGAGUGUGAGUGGGAUAGUGAGGGUGAGGCUGAUUGUGUGGCUGGCGCUGUGGCUGCAGGAGCGUGUGGUGGUGGUGUGGCUGAAGGAGCGGGUGGUGGUAGUGGUGGUUGCGGUGUGGUUGCAGGGGUGCGUGGUGGUGUGGCUGGAGGAGCGGGUGGUGGUGGCAGUGUUGCUGGAGAAGCGAUUAGUGGUGGUGGUUGUGGUGUGGCUGAUGGAGCGGAAGGUGGCGGUGUGGCUGGAGUAGUGAGUGAGCCGUUGGUGCAGCAGGAGGAGAGGAUGGUGGGCGCCGUGGCUCUGGGUGUGUGGCUCGCGUACUGGCGCGCCGUCGGCUCCUGCCUCUCCGUCGCCGUAAUCCUUGCCCUCUUUCUCAUGCAGGCAACUCGUAAUGUUACAGACUGGUGGCUGUCUUACUGGAUCGCGCAUGUCCAGCAACAUAAAAAUGCAAGUUUCCACGAUAAUUUCGAGAGGAGCAGCGCCAAUGGGAGUGACCCGGUGCAGUUUUAUCUGUCCGUGUACGGAGCGCUAGCGGCAGGGAACACGGUGUUCACACUGCUCAGGGCCUUCUUGUUUGCCUACGGUGGGGUCUGCGCUGCCAAAAACAUUCACGUUACCCUGCUGCACAAGGUCCUGCAGGCUCCGGUGUCGUUCUUUGACGCCACCCCGACCGGGAGGAUCAUGAACCGCUUCUCCUCUGACCUGUUCACGGUCGACGACUCCCUCCCCUUCAUCAUGAACAUCUUCAUGGCGCAGCUCUUUGGGCUGGUCGGGGCAAUCGUAGUCAUGUGCUACGGCCUGCCCUGGAUGGCCCUGGUGCUGCUGCCGCUCGCCGGGGUCUACUACUGCGUUCAGAAGUACUACAGGUUCACCUCGAGGGAGCUGAAGCGGCUGGGCAGCGUUACCCUGUCCCCUAUCUACUCCCACUUUGCCGAGUCGCUAUCCGGACUCGCCAUCAUAAAGGCGUUCAGGGCCACCGACAGGUUCACCCGGGAGAAUGAGGCUCGACUGGAGCUGAACCAGCGCUGCCAGUUUGCGGCCGUGGCCGUGAUGCAUUGGCUGGACGUCCGCCUGCAGAUGAUGGGCGUGGUGAUUGUGGUGAGCCUGGCGGCGUUGGCGGUGCUGGAGCACCACCUGCGCGGCGUGGACCCAGGCCUAGUGGGCCUCGCCAUCGCCUACGCGCUCGGCAUCAACGGCCGCCUCUCAGGCCUCGUCUCGAGCUUCACACAGACGGAGACGCAGAUGGUGAGCGUGGAGCGUGUGCAGGAGUAUCGCGGCAUCGCCAGCGAGGAGGCGCACCGCCACCCCACGCACGUGUCUCCUGAUUGGCCCCAAGGUGGUGCACUGACAUUUGACAAAGUGUUCCUCACUUACCGGCCAGGGCUGCCCUUUGCCUUAAAUGGAAUUUCUUUUUGCAUAAAUUCAUGGGAGAAGGUGGGGAUAGUUGGAAGGACUGGCUCCGGGAAGUCCACUCUGUUUUCAGUUCUCUUCCGCAUUGUGGACGUACAGCACGGAGCAAUCUACAUUGACAAUCAGGACAUCUCAAAACUCGCUCUCAAACAAUUAAGGUCUAACUUGGCGAUAAUCCCACAAGACCCAUUCUUGUUCAGUGACACAGUUCGGAAUAAUUUGGACCCCAAAGGUUCAUACCAGGACCAUGAACUGUGGGAAGUGUUGGAGAAAUGUCAUUUGAAAAGCUUUGUCCUUGAUCAGGGUGGCCUCCAAGCAGAGGUGGCUGAGCGAGGAAGAGACUUCUCCUGUGGUCAGCGGCAGCUGCUGUGCCUGGCACGUGCCAUGCUCUUCAAGGCCAAGAUUCUGUGCAUAGAUGAAGCAACUGCGAGUGUUGAUCAAGACACGGACGUGCUGCUGCAAAAAACCAUCAGGAGCGAGUUUGUCAACAGCACAGUGCUGACUAUUGCACAUCGGCCCAACACGAUUCUGGAUUCCGACCGGGUCCUCGUGCUGCAAGGCGGGCGAGUGCUGGAGUUCGCGUCUCCCCACGACCUCCUCCAGGAUCCGCGGUCCGCUCUGUCUCGCCUCCUCUCGAAAAGCCAUUUACUGUCUUGAAAGCAAUUGCCCACUCGGGGGCAGGACAAGGAGGGGUUUAGUUGAAGGGGGGAAAGGUGAUGUUUACAGUGCGUGUGAAUGUUUGCACCAUUCAAUAAGAGUCAAUAGAGUCCAAGUUCACAUUGACGCGUCGUUUACUUGAGUAGCUGCACUACAUGAAUGUGAACAGCCUGGUCUCCCUUGUCGAAUGAUAAAAAUUGAGUACAUUUGGUCUUCGCGCUAUUCCCUUCGCGCAAGGCUAUCACGAAGGCGCUAUGUUACACAGACGUAGUCUGCAGUCGCGUCAUAAUUGGGGGCGAUGUUGCCAUGUGUAAUUCACAAUUGAGUGAUUUGUAGGUAUUUUUUCUUUAUUUGGCCAAUGUGGACCAAAGAAUGCUGGCACACAAUGGCCGAAUUCGUUUAGAAUGACGUCGGGGCAUCCUGAAUGUUCAUUGUGAAGCAGGCGGUGUGUACGGUGUCGUACGUUACCGUACGUUACAGCUUAGACCCCUACAGCGAUAACCAGGGCAGCCUACCGCUCUGCACCAAGGAGUGAGCAUUGACCUGGCUUGGCCACGUCACCGCCUCUGGCAUUGUACCACCGUGUGAUAACACGAAUGCUGUGCAAAGGUUUAAAAUGUACACUCACAAUGUGCACAGUAAUAUACUGACAUGUACAAUGUGAAUAAAGGUCGACAUAACAUUAUAUGUCUCGCUGUUUUAUAUGCCCACGUUGAGACAUCACAUCAGUUAUUACACAAUGAAUCAAUACACAUUCUCCAGAUGGCAACGUGUAUGUACUGUAUAUUUGUAAUUAAAGUAAUUGUAUACGUUUAUAUAUUCAGAAUAAGAAUAUGUAUCUAUACUGGAGGAAUCCGAUGAGCUAUACAGCUCUUUCACAGAUGCCCAGUAGGAUCGUGGGGUAAGAACGACAAAAAAAUACAAAAACAACGACAAACAAUA